CUCAGCCUGGACAUUUGACUUUAUCUUUAAGUUCCCUGAUCCUACAAGUUUAGUGUAAUUUACAUCCAAGGUUCCUAUGGGUUGUUCUAGCCAACAAAUAUAACAGACCCUUGGGAUUUUUUGAAUAAAUCUCUAAACUCAUUUCCUAACACAUUCACCAAGAGCAAAGGUUCAUAGAGGAGAGCUGCUGUUAACUGAUGUGUCUAAUGUUGGUAUUCAGCCCAAGGCUGCUGGAUUGAGUGCUGCAUUACUGAAAGUAGAGUAGACAUCAGUGAUACAGAUAGGGACCAUAGCUGAGAGACAGAGAGCCUCAGUCACCAACCAUCUCACCUGGACGAUGUCAUCAGCAGUUACAACCACAUCAGGUGGCCUGGUGGUGGUCACCCAGGUGUUACCGUCUAAUCAACCCCAACCCCAGGACGUUCAGCAGGCGGGUCCAAGGACACACAGGUUCAUCCAGGCAUACCCACUGGCUGUCGGGACAGUUCAGAUCAUGAUCGGCGUCUUGGUCCUCUUGACCGGUAUCGUCACGCUGUUUUCCGGGCUUAAUUUUGGAAUAGUCAGCGGUUUCUUUGUUUGGGGUGCCGGCUUUUACAUCACCUCCGGUGCGCUCACAGUGGCUGCUGGGAAAUCUCUCAGUCGCUGUCUGGUCAACACUGCUUUGGGUUUCAACGUGGUUUCCUCGGUAGCAGCAUUCGCCGCCAUCAUCCUGUACAGUUUUGAUGCUGCAGAAGUGAUGUCUCCCUGCUUUAGUUACGACUGCAUGAUUAUGAGUUCGAGUUUUUCAGGGGUCCUGUUGGUGUUCCAUGUCUUGGAGUUUGCCGUUUCCCUGACCGUCUCUAUCUUUGCCUGUAGAGCUACCUGUAACUGCUGUGACAACCAGCAACAUCCGUACGUCUACUACAUGCCUGCCCAGGCUCCACCACAUACUGGACCUGCCACCAUGGCUGGACCACCACAACAGAUUCCCAGCUUCCCAAAACCCACAGAGAACCAGGACCAGGUCCUCUCUGGACUCUAUGAACCUCCGGCCUACAUGGGCUGAAGAAAAGACCUGCUUUAAAAUAAAAUCACAUGAUGACAACGUGCAAUGAACACAGCCAUAGAGAGUCACCAUCCUGUCAUUCAUUUAAACAUAAUGUUAAGAAAUGGUUGACUGAGAACCAACAAUUUCAACACUGAUGCUGUGGCUAACCAUGCUAACAUUAACUGUACCAUUGCUAUUGUGACGUAAUUAUAGUUUUUGUGAAUCAUGCUGUAAAUGUUCAUAUUAUCAUUAUUACUUGUUUUACUGCUGUAUAUUGUAUUUUAUUCUACGAUGCCUUAUAACAUCUGGCAAAGGGACUGCAGAUGAAAAUUAGCCUCGAGGCUGACUUGGGUGAAUAUAGACUUGUUUGAAUGUUAAUUAAUGUACACAGUCCUUUUUCAAAUAAUUAAAAAAAUAAACAAUAACACUAGA